AUGAGUACACUUCAAUGCUUGCGGGACUGGUCAACUCAAAUCAAAACAUACUCUUGGGAUAAUGCCCAGGUUAUUUUGGUUGGUAACAAAUGUGACAUGGAGGAUGAACGGGUAAUCUUCACUGAGAGAGGCAAGGAUUUAGCAGAGCAACUUGGUUUUGAAUUUUUUGAAACAAGUGCCAAGGACAACAUUAACGUCAAGCAGACAUUUGAGCAACUCGUGGAUAUCAUCUGUGACAAAAUGUCGGAAAGCCUGGAGACAGAUCCCACCAUUGCCGCCGUCAAGCAGAGCACAUGGCUAAAGGACACCCCUCCUCCACAGCAACCCAACUGUGGCUGUUAA